AUGAUCGCAAGCGACUCUUACUUUACCUUUCAAAAUCCUAGGGCGACCAACAGACCAAAGGAAUAUCACUCUUAUCAGGAUCUUCACAUCCUGUCUUGCUACUACGAUAAGGACAAGCCUGAUGAGACCUCAGACAGCGUCACACGGCAGCCUCAAGACCACGACGUAAGACCGCGCACACCCAGUGAUGAUGGCACCGACAGUAGAAGUGUGUCUACAAUCGAUACCCCGGUGACGCCGGAGGAACAGAUCUACCGCAUCAGUACCUUGCAGUCAGACGAGUCGGGCUGGCUUGCAAAUGAAACCUCGGUGACGCAACGCGAGAAAAAAUUCAAGGCUCGCUGCUUCCAGGUAGUACAGCAAGCACCAACGGAGAAGAGCAAAGAUGGGGAUGUGACCGUUGUUCGCAUUGCUGGUCCUGGCAAGCCGAAGCUCGUGGAGAUCUCUCGACCAACUUCCAUCUCGACUAUCUCCACUUCUCAUGGCAAGUCCAUGGUAGAGAGACCACAAACACCGACUCAGGUCAAGGAGGUAUCUGCAUUCAGUCCAUGGGACACCCCAUUCACCCAUAUCGAUCAAGAGACCCCAGCCAGUGUAACUCCGGCGCGGCCACGACUACACAUCUCCGUACCCAACGAUAACAAGCACAGGUUUUCAACAAGCAGCCUGGUUCCAGCGCCGCUGAUGCCCCGAGCAAGUUCGGGCACUCCUGACUCCGAUCGUUCAUCCAGCACUGUCUUCAGCAGUACACAAGAAAAGCUGGCUGCACUCUCUGACCCGUUUGGCAUGUCUCCUCAGUCGCAGCGGACAGAGUCUGUAUUCAACUCCUCCACUGCAACAAUUUCGACAUCAGCAUGGCCUGUACCACCCAGGAAUGUGCUGCGAAGACUUCGACACCACAAUCGUUCGCCAGCCAUAUCACAUCCCUCGCCGAACUUCGACUCGCCGCCUCUUGCGCAGCAGGAAGCGUGUUGCUCCGGGGCUGUUCCACCUUCUGCCUCCGGGACGCCAACACACCGAUAUCUUACUGGCCUCAGCACACGCCUCAGCCAAGUCCGCCACACGUUAGCCUCAAUCACCGCGGCAAUCAACGCUUUCCCUAACAACAUCUUGCGCCUUGACAGUGCUAUAUUGUCACCGCUCCGCAACCCACACAUCCUUGACCAGACAUAUACAGAGGCUCUCGGAAAGAUCUUCCCUCGCGGCAGGCCAGUGCUGUUGUCUGCUCUGGCUGCAUGGCUCAUCAUUGACUUGUGGUUCGAGAAGAACAUUGACGCUGCACCUAAGGAAGUCAGGGACGAGCAGCUCAGUGCUGAGGAUGUGCUGAGAAGUAGGCUCGGCGAGGGCUUCUGGAACGAUGGUGGUCGAGAGCCUUACCAUACUCUCGACGACGCAGACAUGUCACCUCAGCUACAUGAAUCAAGCCCACAUACAGGCUCAUCAGCGUCGCCGAAUACCGUCCUCCCUGCCCUUCCUACACCACGCACCCUGCACUUCAAUGCCUUCUCUUCGACAUCGGCUUCCGACCUGGCCUGGUCACGCGCCUUGCAUCUGAAUUCGCCACUUAAGCGGAUUCCCACGAAAGCACGCUCUCUGCUUGGCAUCUCACAUUCGACGACUCAACACGGUCCUUUCCAGGACGCGCAGUUCCUGCGAGCUCAAGAGGCGAGCUUGCGCAAGCAGGAAGCCGAUCUUACCAAGAAACUGCGCAUGGUACGGCCUGCGGCUAACGUCCUCACGCAGAAGCUUGUGGUCGCUCUGAGGGGAGAGUGGGAUGAGGAUGUGUGGAUGUGUCUGCGUGUCAUGGUCGGUGUUGUAGAGGGGAGCUUUGGCUGGAGUGCUCCUACUACUGAAGAGUCUGGUUGUAGUGCAGGCGACUUCAGAAGAGGUUACUCGAGUGGUGUGGCUGGGCCGGGGCCUGCUGUUGCCACUCAGUCUGACGAUGUCCCGUACUUCUCCCUACAAUACUUCUCAAGCCCAGGCAUAGCGUUCGUGAUGAAGUUGGCCAAGUACAUCCCUCCCGUCAAACAAGCAUAG